UGAUAACAGCACCUAAUAAAAGGAAUCAGAGUUCUUUUCCAUGUAUUUUGAUUUUGAAGUACUACUGAUAAUAAAACUGAGUUAGUUAUUUCAAUUAAUAUCUGCAAUAUUUUCGAAAUAAUAUGAAAACCUCAUUACAAUUAAUAAUAAUUUUUAUUGGAUCAUUUAUUGUUUUCUCUCAAGAAUCCAAAGAUGUCAAAAAACUACCACCUGUUAUUUUUGUGCCAGGUGAUGGAGGAAGUCAGCUUGAGGCCAAAUUGAACAAAACUACAACUGUUCACUAUGUUUGUGAUAAAACUACAAAAGACUUUUUUACACUGUGGUUGGAUGUUAAUCAUUUAAUUCCUAUUGCUAUUGACUGCUGGGUCGAUAAUAUUAAGUUGAAUUUUGAUGAAGCAACUAAAAAAACUUUUAACCAACCUGGUGUUGAGACGAGGAUUCCUGAUUUCGGUGACCCCUCGAGAGUUGAAUACUUAGAUCCAAGUAGGCUUGCUAUAGCAGGAGAUUACUUCAGUCAUAUCAGUGAUACUCUUGUUUCUCUGGGAUACAUAAGGGGGGAGAAUCUCCAUGGUGCACCUUUUGAUUUUAGGAAAGGCCCAAGUGAACUUGAUAUAUUUUUUCAAAAUCUUACUAAUUUAAUCGAAUCUACUUAUGUCAAAAAUGGGAACUCGCCAGUUGUACUAAUAGCGCACAGUAUGGGAGGACCAUUGUCUUUGAUAUUGUUGAAUAAUAAACCUCAAUCAUGGAAAGAUAAGUACAUUAGAGCUCUUCUAACUUUAUCAGGUGCUUAUGGUGGAAGUGUUAAAGCAUUGAAAGUUUUUGCUACAGGAGAUGACCUUGGUGUCUACUUAUUGAAUGAGUCUGUUCUUAAGCAGGUACAAACUACGCUGCCUAGCAGUGCCUUCCUCAUGCCGAACUAUCUUCUUUGGGAUGAUGAAGUUCUUGUGUCUACUCCUGAUAAAAACUACACCAUUAAAGACCUGGAAAGUUUCUUCAAUGAUAUAAAUAACCCAACUGGUUGGAAAAUGUAUUUAAACGAGAAAAAAUUCACUGAGAAACUGACACCUCCAGGAGUAGAGGUCCAUUGCCUUUAUGGUUUAGGCGUUAGUACAAUCCAGCAACUUGUUUAUAAAACUAACAAGUUCCCUGAUCAGCCGUUGUUCACCUACGAAGAUGGAGAUGGGACUGUCAAUAUACGUAGCCUCGAGUUUUGCAAGAAAUGGAUUACUAAACAGAAGCAGGAAGUACAUACACAGGGAUUUGUAGGGUCAGACCACAUGGCUAUUCUUAAAGAUUCGAGGGUCAUGAACUAUAUAAAAGACAGAAUUUCGAUUUGGUCUAAUCUUAACUUAUAAACAAUUUUUUUUACGAUUAGCUAGUGGAGCUGAAACAUUUAAUGUAUAGACAUAUAAAUUAUUUUAUUAUUAUUAAAUAGUAGAAAUAUAAUAUUCAAUGUAUAGAUAUAUAAAUUAUUUUUUAAUAAUUAAAUAUUGGAGAUGAAAUAUUUAAUGUAUAGAUUUAUAAUUUAAGUUAUUGUGAUACAGGGAUUUGUCUUGAAUACAAUUCGAAAUCUAUGUUAUACAUUUUAUGGCUAAAAGAUCUAACCUUGAGACACCCAUUUAAUUUAAAAUAACACUUUAAAAAAUAUUUUGAUUUUAAUUUUUCUGAAUAUGUACAUAUCAUGUAUACAUGUGUGGAUGUAUUUAUUAUAUACUCUUUUUAGUCUUCCAUUGUGUUGGUAUAGGUGUUAGAUGCCCUUAGAGGCUUAAAAUCGCUCUCUAGUAAUUUUAAAUUGAGCCUAAAAAGCAAAUGAUGUAUUAAAUUCUUAUCAGUUUUAAAAAUGAAAACCUAUGUAAUUUAUUUUUAGAUUUAGUUGUCGAAAUUUAGAUUUAUAUAUUCACACCAUUCCCAAACUGUACCAUUUUCUUCAUAAAAUAUAGCUAUUUGAUAUAAGGUGAAAUUGCUCUCUUGUAAUUUUAAAUGGAACCUAUAAAUCAAAUUCAUAUCAGCUUUAAAAAUGAAAGCACUUGUAAUUUAUGUUUAAGUUCAUUACUGAACUAUACAUUUAUAUAAUGCACCAUUCCUUAACUGUAUCAUUUUAUUUAUAAAAUAUAGUUAUUGUUAUCAA